AUGGCGACGACAUUCGACCAGGAACUGCGAAAGGUACGUUGGUUUUCUUUGGAUCCUUUAGCUAUGGAGGCAGGAAUUUUUUUUAUCAAAGUCUUUUUGGCUAUGAAACUUAAUAAUUCUAAGGCCAUGCGAUGUUUUCUCGAUGACUGGCUUUGCAACACUUUAAGUUUGAGGGCUGUAAAUUUCACAGUGCAGUGCAAAAAUAUAAGCUUAACUCGGUCACCCAAGUUGAAGUACAUUAACAGUCCCUCUCUUAAAUGCAUUUAGAGAAUUAAAGUGAAGCGUGAAAAAAUUACGGAUUUUUCUGUUUGAAAGGCAGUAGCAAACAUACAGGCUAUCAUCAAAAUAAUAUUUGUGAACAUUGCCUCCUAAAGUCCUACGGCAAUCAAGAUAUGUUGCAGUUAUUUUUUUAUUUCAGUUAGUUUUUGUUUUUCCUUUGUUUUUGGGUGUGGUAAUGUAAGCUAAUAAAUUUGAAACAAAGAUAAAACAGAAAUUGACUGAAAUGAAAAACUUACCUACAACAUCAAUCACCUGUAAUCAACUACAAAUGGAAAUUAAAUAAGAGAUAAAAUCUUACCUGUUGAAUUUGAAUUUGCUGUGGUGCGAAGUGGAACUGAAGUUGUUUUACAAUGCAAAAACUAUGUUCAAGUCAACGUUUUAACGGUUGUUGAUUUCACAAUGCUUUAUGUGGUCACUCCCUGGUUGUUAUUAUCGUCUCGUGUUUCAUUGUUGGUUAUUAACUUAUUAACAAUUAUUCGAAUUAACAGUAAUAAUUAAUGACAAGGGUCAAAACUCGGUAGCUGCUCUCGUACAAUCAAUGCCUCCAGUUGACUGGACCAGUUUGCAAUGCAAUGCCGAGCGAGGUAACAUUCCACGAUGACCAUUCAGUUAAAACAAAAACAACAAGGCAAUAUCUGGAUGUAUAUGCAAUCAAACUUGAAACAAUCUCAGAACCAAGCAGAAAAGCUUAAGAAACUUUCAGAUGUCAAAUGCAAAGUUAACUUCCGCUCCAGUCAAGUGGAGGCAUUCAUAAAUCGAGAAGUCAGUAAUCAAUUUCUGAUCAUUUUGAAUACAAAGACUUUUAUUUUAAAUGGAAAAAAGUGGCCCAUCGUACAUUUUAUCCCUUAAACUGUUGUUGGAAUGAAUUUGGGGAAAAAAAUGCGUGUAAUACUUGAGUACGGCUUGAAAAUAAAUCGGUCCUCAAAUUAAUUUCAUCCCUUGUCUCCUUUUUCUUACUCUCUCUCGAAUUGUUAAUAAAUUAAUAACCAACAAUGAAACGCAAGAGGAUAAUAACAACCGGCACAUGACCACAUAAAGUAUUGUGAAAUCAACAACAGUUAGAGCAUCGAUUUGAACAUAGUUUUCUCAUCGUAAAACAACUUCAAUUUCACUUCGUACCACAGCAAAUUCAAGAAUAAAACAAAACAGUUAAGAUUUUAUCUUGCAGUUUACAAAUAAGAGUGUGGGUUCCCUAUGAUCACCUCUUUAAAUUAUCAAGAAAUAACAGAUCUUAAUUAUCAAGGUGAUAUAAAGCCCUCUGUGGACCCACUGCAAUUGGCUAGACUAUAGUGGUCUCCCGCUUCAUAAUUUUGUGUGAGUAAGUAUUGUUUUCUAGUUAGGCCAAGCUAAAUAAAUAAACAAACGUAUGGCUACUGUAUUAAAGAAACAACGACGAGUUAUUUACUUUAAAUUGUUGAUUCUAAAUUCAAGAGUCAAACAUGUCAUGUAAAUGCUUUUUAAUACAGGCAUUUCAAGAACUUCAAGGGAAGAUGAUUGAAACUACACAGCGAGUUAAGUUAGCAGAAGGUCAAAUAAUGCAGCUGAGAAGGAAUAUAGCCCAUGCCAAACUUACAGACCAAGAACUUGCUUCCUUGCCUCAAGAUACAAAAACAUAUGAGUCUAUAGGAAGAAUGUAAGUUGCAAAGCUUUUGCAUUAAAAUAAUUUAUAUUGCAGGUGUCCAGCCCUGUUUGGUUGAAGCUUAAAAUGUAAGAUGAUGAAACAGUAAUUUUGAAGGAUACUCUGUCUUAACAAGCUUGAGGAUCCCAUCCUCAAUUUGUUUAAAAAAUCUAGAUCUAUUUUCUGACCAAAACCAGUGGAGAAGACUUUGGCACCAUACAAUCUAGCCUGCAUUGCUUCCGCCUCAAGCAUGGUCUACAUACUUAUGUACCUAAAUCUAGACAUAGGCACAGACAUAGACAAUAUUUUAUUUAGGGUCUUCUAUCUACAGCUAAGAUAAUCGGGUUCCCCCCUCCCGCCCUCCUUCCGGAGCACGGGAACAAGACAUGAUGGUAUCUUGCCAAAAAUGCUCGUUUUCUUGUCCUUGUCUUAAAGCACAAGGUGUUUAAUAAAGUCUUGAGGGACUCAGCCAGACAAAACUGUUAGCAUUCAACAAGUAAAAAAUGAGAUAAAUCUAUCAUGUUUCAAGGAUGGAUUUAAAUGUUAGUACAAUGACUGGUGAAUGCAUGAACAAUAACUUGCUGGUUUUUUUUCUAAAUCAGGUUUGUCCUUCAACCUGUGUCUCACAUUAGAAAGGAACUUAGUGAAAAACUCCAGAGUAAUGAAGAAAAAAUAAAGAGCAUUGAGGUAGGUAUCUGUAACAGCUUACUGUGAAUGUGCUCAUAGUCACCUCUCUCAAACGACAUAUUACCAUAAUCCAUUCUCAUUCUUAAAGCUCAUGGGGAAAGAAGCAGGAAAAAAAGAUGUGCACAAGAUGCUUUCCCAGUCCAGGUUUUAGGAAUUAUCUUAAUUGGAUAUUAGUCAGCUUGAUAAAUCUGAAAUAGAAAAGGCAAAACUUAAGGCUUAAAAUAAAACUUUGAUUAUUUCUUUAAGUUUGUUCUUGUUAUCUCAGAGACCAGGUUGGGGAGGGUGUAAGUUAUGAAUACUGAAACUGGUUAAGAUGAAAUGUCUGCUAUAGCAUUCAAAAGUGUACAGUAAAGCUGUGAUAAUGAACCAUUAGGAAAGACCCCAGUAUAAUGAGGUAAAAUAAUUUAUUAUUUUUUCUUAUCUUGAAUGAAUCAGUUUAUUGAGUACAAUGUAUUUUAUUGUCUUGUAUGUUAUAGUUGUGAUGCAGUAAAUUUAUGCAGUUAUUUCUUUGUAUUAUUUCUUGCAGGCAAACAAGGAAUAUCUUCAGAAAAGUGUUAAAGAGCAUGAAGAUAACAUAAGAGAGAUGCUAGCCAGUAGACCGAAAUAG